UAUCUGCCCAGCACUUCCGGUGACCCAAAACAGUCUGAGGACAGGAGCUCAGAGUUGGAUCAGCUAUCCAGGUUCUCAGGGUGGUCCCAAGCAAAACUGCUGGAACUCAGGCCAGCAUUGCAGAUGCCAAGCUGCUCUCAGGGCCCCUUGUCUCUCCCCAGAAUUAAACCCACCCAGAUCUUGGAAACUCUGCCCUGGACCCUUCUCAAUAAGUCCACGAGAAAUCACUUUCCUUUAUGCGACACUGGAUUUUCCACAAAGCAAAAUCAAGAUCAGUAAAGAUGUGGUUUCUAGAUACUGCCUAAAAAUGCAGAGACCGGGCUAUGAGGCGUCACCACUGGGCCUAUAAAAGCUGCCACAAGAGGCCAAGGCCACAAGCCACCCAGCUUAGACCAGCCUGUGCGUCUGCUCCUCAAUCCUCCCUUGUUGGCACUGGGCCUCAUGGCGCUUUGGUUGACCAUGGUCAUUGCUCUCACUUGCCUUGGCGGCCUUGCCUCCCCAGGCCCCGUGCCUCCCUAUACAGCCCUCAAGGAGCUCAUUGAAGAGCUGGUCAACAUCACUCAGAACCAGAAGGCCCCCCUCUGCAAUGGCAGCAUGGUGUGGAGCAUCAACAUGACAGCUGGUGUGUACUGUGCAGCCCUGGAGUCCCUGAUCAACGUGUCCAGGUGCAGUGCCAUCGAGAAGACCCAGAGGAUGCUGAGUGGAUUCUGCCCACACAAGGUCUCAGCCGGGCAGUUUUCCAGCUUGCUUGUCCAAGACACCAAAAUCGAAGUGGCCCAGUUUGUAAAGGACCUGCUCAGACACUUAAGGAAACUUUUUCACCAGGGAAAGUUCAACUGAAACAUCGAAAGCAUCAUUACUUGCAGAGACAGGACCUGACUAUUGAAGUUGCAGAUUCAUUUUUAUUUCUGAUGUCAAAUGUCUUGGGGAGGUGGGGAGGAGGGUUAAGGAGGGGGUAAAAUUCCUUAGCUUAGAUCUCAGCCUGUGCUGCCUGUCUUCAGCCUUGCCAACCCCAGGCUGCCCCUUGCCCAGGGCCCUGAGCUCAGUGGACCUGGGGAUGAUGUUUCCCUACACCCUCCCCUUCCCUAGAGCACACUGCAGCAUUACAGUGGGUCCCCCCUUGCCAGACGUGGUAAGAGAGGGACCCACUUCACACAGUGGCAACUGAGGCAGCCAGCAGCUCAGGCACAUUUAUUCUUGGUCUUAUUUAUUAUUGUGUGUUAUUUAAAUGAGUGUGUUUGUCCACGUUGGAGAUCGAGAGACUGUGGCUGUUGGCACUUGAAACCAAGGGUUUGUAGACUCGGGGCCCAGCACUAAAGCAGUGGGCACCAGGAAUCCCUGGUAAUAAGUACUGUGUACAGAAUUCUGCUACCUCACUGGGGUCCCGGGGCCUCAUCCGAGGCAGGGUCAGAAGAGGCAGGGGAACAGCCACUCCUGUCUUCCAGCCAGCAGCCAGCUCUCAGCCAAUGAGUAAUUUAUUGUUUUUCCUUGUAUUUAAAUAUUACAUAUGUUAGCAAAGAGUUAAUAAUAUAUAGAAGGGUACCUUCAACACCCAAGGUGGUGUGUGUACACUAGGGGGAGGGGACAUUGAACAAGUUGUUUCAUUGACUAUCAAACUGAAGCCAGAAAUAAAGUUGGUGACAAA